AUGACGACUCCUACCAACAUUGAUCCCAAGGAUGCUCAAGCAUAUUGGGCCAAAUAUCAAGGGGACAGUUAUCUUAAGGGCUGGGCCUCCCUCUGGGACAAAGGUGAUAAUUUACCCUGGGAUCGUGGCUUCCCCAACCCCGCGCUAGAGGACACCCUGGUCCAGCGAGCUGGCACCAUUGGCGGGCCCAUCGCCCAGGACGGUGAGAGGCGGAAGGCCCUAGUGCCGGGCUGUGGACGUGGAGUCGACGUGCUCUUAUUCGCGAGCUUUGGGUAUGACGCCUAUGGCCUGGAGUGCAGCGCCGCGGCCGUCGAAGCGUGCAAGAAGGAGGAGAAGGUGAACAGUAGCCGGUACCGCGUGCGAGAUGAGAAAGCUGGCAAAGGGAAGGUCACUUUCGUCCAGGGGGAUUUCUUUGAUGACACCUGGUUGAAGGAAAUUGGAGUGCCUCGAAAUGGAUUGAUGUCAUUUAUGAUUACACGUUUUUCUGUGCUCUGA